AUGGGUGGCAUGAUGGUACACGAGGACGGCGUAUCGCUAGCCUUCAGCGAAUUGCGAAAGGAAUCAAAAGAUAUUCACAACCGGAUCCACUCCGUAGCAGAGGACGCCGCUUUCGUCGACCAAGUCCAUCGAUCUUACCCAAGAAUCCCCCUUAUCCCCAACAUGCGAUGCGGAGCAUGGUACACAGACCCCGGGACCGCGUCAAACGAACGCGCCUAUUUCAAGUCCACCGAUGGACACACUGGAAAUUGGAGCUUCAACCUUCGAAGACCAAAUCUCCACAUACUGCCUCUGAUUUGCGCGCACGCAGGAUUGCUCUUGGUAGAUUCCACGAGAGCAGGCAAACGCGUGCCAGACGCGCUAUCCAAAACCGUUCCUAUCUGGUGUGCAGUCAUAAACCGAGCCGUCCUUAAAACCACGCCCGACAUGAAUACGGAUGCCUGGAAUACGAAGCUGUAUACCCCACCUGGUGUCGUCAGCGCACAAGAGCAUGAUCAGAUCGAGCAGAAGUUGGAUGGAUGGGCGGAUGAUCUUGCUGCUUCGUUCUACGUACUCCCAAAAAUUCAAUACCCCCUCCGCCCGAUCUGGAUAUCGCCCAGCACCACCGUGUUCCCUAAAUUCCCUGAUACCGAUGCUGAGCGGCGGUUCUACCCUGUCAUCUGCAUAUCAGCUUCGAAGCAGGUUUUGGAUGGCAUGGAGAGACGCGUCACGGGCUUUGCGUAUAUCCAGGGAUCGGGGGACGAUCAUGAGUUGUGGAGUAUGGGACUCACGCCCGCCCAAUUCUGGAAACACAAGGCAACUCUCCUCCACGCAAACCGAAACGAACUACCAACCCUUGUUCAAACUCUCACAUCAUCCACAAACACACUCGACGCACGCACUAACUCGAACGCGUCCUUCCAUCCCACACCCAUCCACCACGUCCACGGCCGACUCUCGAUAUGCACCACUCACGACAUCCGCUCCUCUAUUGAUGCCGAGCUUGCGGUGGUCUAUCUAUCCAGCACCGAUCAGGCACCCCCCGCUUUCAAAGACCGCCCAUGCGUCCUAUGCAUUCAAAUACCCCAAGGCAAAAAAGGCCAGCAUCACUUCCUACACUCCGUCCUCCCCCAAGCCAUCCCCUUCAUCCUGCUCCACCUCCAAAACGCACGCCGCAUAUGCAUAGCAUGCGAAACAGGCACUGACACAAGCAUCGGCGUCGCCCUAGCAGCUCUCACAAAGUUCUUUGACGAAUCAGGAGAAUUCUGCGGUGAGUAUAAAGGUGAAAAUGUUCUCAGUACGUCGUGCCAACUAUACCAGAAAAAAAAAAUUGUUCCCUGA